AUGCAGGUGCCACAGGAUGGAGAGGACUUUGCUGGCCAACCCUGGUACCACGGCCCACUGUCCCGCCAGAAGGCUGAGGCCCUCCUGCAGCAAGACGGUGACUUCUUAGUUCGUGCAUCUAAGUCCCGCGGGGGCCACCCUGUGAUCUCCUGCCGUUGGCGGGGCUCAGUCCUGCACUUCGAGGUGUUCCGUGUGGCCCUGCGCCCCCGGCCAGGUCGGCCCACAGCCCUCUUUCAGCUGGAGGAUGAGCGUUUCCCAAGCCUGCCUGCCCUGGUUCGCAGCUAUGUGACCGGCCAGCGUACACUGUCCCAGGCCACGGGAGCUGUGGCGUCCAGGCCAGUGACGCGGCAAGGACCUAUUCGACGCAGCUUUAGUGAAGACACCCUUCCAGACGGCCCGGCUUGGACAGAGCCACUCAGGGCUAGGAAGCGGAGUGACAGUCAGCCCGCAGGCUUGGAGCAUAUGGGGCAGCCCACAGAAGACCACCCUGGUUCAGCUUCCACUAUGCCUGCAUCUGCCCUGACUCGGACAGGUAGUGACUCCGUGUUGCUAAAGGUGCCCGUUCCCCUGGGGUCCAUUGCUGACAGCCUCAGGGCCUCUGAUGGGCAGCUUCAUGCCAAGGCACCAACCAAGCCACCUCGAACAUCCUCACUGAUGCUGCCUGAUGCCUCUGGACGCCCCCCAACGUACUGCGAGCUGGUGCCCCGAGUGCCCAGGGUCCAGGGAACACCUCCUGGCCACAGCUGCCCAGAGCCAGAGGCGCCAUGGUGGGAGGCUGAGGAGGAGGAGGAGGAGGAGGAGAACAGAUGUUUUGCAAGACCGCAGGCAGAGGUCUCUUUCUGCCCACCUGACAACCCCUUCUGCCUGCUGGGUUCCCAGAAUCGGCCUCUGGAAACCGAAGUCCUGCAUACUCUCCAUGGCCUGUUCCUGGAGCACCAUCCUGGGAGCACCGCUCUCCACCUGUUAUUGGUGGAUUGCCAGGCGACUGGCCUCCUGGGAGUGACCAAGGCUCAGCGGGGCGCCAUGGGGGUCGCCUCUGGUCUGGAGCUGCUCACACUUCCCCAUGGGCAUCGCUUGAGGUUGGAACUGCUGGAGAGGCUCGAGACGCUGGCACUGGCGGGGGCGCUGGCAGUGCUGGGCUGCGCAGGGCCGCUGGAGGAGCGCGCGGCCGCCCUGAGGGGCCUGGUGGAGCUGGCCCUGGCGCUGCGGCCAGGGGCGGCGGGAGACCUGUCCGGACUGGCCGCGGUCAUGGGCGCCUUGCUCAUGCCCCAGGUGUCGCGGUUGGAACGCACGUGGCGCCAGCUGCGAAGGAGCCACACCGAGGCUGCGCUGGCCUUCGAGCAGGAACUGAAGCCACUGAUGCGGGCGCUGGAUGAGGGCGCCGGACCCUGCGACCCGGGGGAGGUGGCGCUGCCGUACGUGGCGCCCGCGGUGCGCCUGCUGGAGGGCGAGGAACUCCCCGGGCCCUUGGACGAGAGCUGCGAGCGGCUGCUGCGCAGCCUGCACCGGGCGCGUCUGCUGGCCCGGGACGCGCCCAGAUUCCGCGAGGCGGCGGCUCGGCGCCUGCGAGGAUUCCGGCCCCACCCGGAGCUGAGAGAGGCCCUGACCACUGGUUUCUUGAGGAGGCUGCUCUGGGGGAGCCGAGGAGCUGGGGCGCCGUGGGCCACACGUCUUGAGAAGUUCCAGCGCGUCCUCAGCGUCCUGUCGCAGCACCUGGAGCCUGACCAUUGAGAGCACAGACCCCCCCCCCCCCCCGCCCUUCACGCUGGGAUACCAAGGCUUCCAUGGAGACGAAGGAAGCCGCG